GCCCUCCUAAUGUAAUCAAUUCAAUUGAUAAAACAAAUUUAUUCAGACUUUUAUUGUUUUAUCUCUGAAAAAGCUACAAGUGUCUAGAACUUAAAAUAGAAUAAUAAAUAGUGUAGUUUAUAAUUUUCUAGUCUUGAAUUUACAGUACAUCAAGCCAAAAUAUAUUAAAACAUGAAAGUAACUUCACAGGUUUGGAUAUAUUUUAUACUUAUUUUUGGAGUGUGUUUUAAAGAAAAUUCUGCCAAAUGGGUUUGGAAUUGUACAGAACCUGACUAUGCAUGCGAAAGAACAUUUACUAUAGAACAAACGUCUACACUAUACUCUUCUGUAGAACUUUGCAGACUGGUUUGUGGAUCAGAUGGCAUCAUCUGGCCUCUACCCUACAGUUACAGUGUGAUUGAUAAAAGUCUAGUUACAGUGAACAUCAGCACUGCAUGGUUCAACACUAAAGCCUCUGAUGAACCCACCUAUACCUUCCUAGAAGAUUUGAUAACAUAUUUCACCAAUACCUCUUCAUACAUUGAUUUUUGUACCAAACAAACAUACACAGUCCAAAUAAACUUAGAAGCAAAGUCUAGUUCUUUGGUUCUAAACUGGGAUACAGACGAAUCAUACGAAUUAGUUACAUACACUGAUGAUCAAACCAAUCAGGUGACUAUAAACAUAACAGCAGAAACGGUUUUUGGUGUGAGACAUGGUCUGGAAAGUUUGUUACAAUUGAUUGUGCCUGAUGAUUUGUGUUAUGUCAUGUUGAAGUCAGUUCAGAUCAAGGACAAGCCAUUUUACAAACAUAGAGGGUUGUUAUUGGAUUCUGGUCGAAACUAUUUAUCUGUAGACAUCAUUAAGAAAAAUAUUAUUGCUAUGGCGUCAUCGAAAAUGAACGUACUCCACUGGCACUUGAGUGAUUCCCAGAGCUUUCCAUUUGUGUCAUCCAGAGAACCAAAUAUGUCCAGGUAUGGAGCGUAUAGUGACAGGGAGGUCUACAACCCUACGGAUGUAGCAGAUUUAAUAAAAUUUGCCAAAAUUAGAGGUGUACGAAUUAUUCCAGAAAUUGAUGGUCCUGCCCAUGUGGGCAGUGGAUGGCAAUGGAGUGCAGAGUCGGGCUUAGGGAAUUUGGUUGUUUGUCAAAAUCAACAACCAUAUAGAUCAUAUUGUAUACAACCUCCCUGUGGACAAUUAAACCCAGCCAAUCCUUGGAUAUACGAGGUUUUAAGGAAUAUUUACAAUGAUAUAACUGAUUUAUGGGAGGGUAUUGAUGCUUUUCACAUGGGUGGUGACGAGGUUUAUAUACCUUGUUGGAACUCUAGCGAGGAGAUAUUACAAUACAUCGGAACUAAAAAUCGUUCGGAGGAAGUGUUUUUGAACUUGUGGGCUGAAUUUCAGUCAAAAGCAACCCAAGCUUUCGAUACAGCCAAAGGAAAUAACGGUACUUCUUUAAUCGUCUGGACCAGUUCACUUACUGAUCCAGCUAUUAUAGAAAACAAUUUACCCAAAGAUAGAUACGUCAUUCAGACUUGGGUACCAUCUACCAACACUGUUCCCCAGGAACUCAUCGAUCUAGGGUACAAAAUAAUCGUCUCUACCAAGGAUAAAUGGUACCUAGACCAUGGUUUCUGGGGCAGUACUUCUUACUAUACUUGGAGGCAAGUCUACGAUAACCAAAUACUCUCUGGUGAUGCUGUUUUAGGUGGUGAAAUAUGUAUGUGGGGUGAAUUAGUGAAUGACAACAAUGUAGAGCCUAGAGUGUGGCCUAGAGCAGCAGCUGCAGCUGAAAGACUAUGGUCUAAUCCUCAGACAAGUUCAGAAACAGCUGAUGGAAGAUUUUUUAUCCAUUAUGACAGAUUAAAUAAAAGAGGAAUCAGAACGUCAGCUGUUAUUCCGAAAUUCUGCGCUCAAAAUGUCAACGACUGCGCUGGAUACUUGACAUUUUAAAAAUUUAGUAAUUGUAUAAAUUUUCAAACAUUUUAAAUAGAUAAAUAAAAUAUUGUACAAAAAAACUAAA